UCUCUUGACAGGUCCAGACCUGACUAACACAUUAGUUGGUGUGUUGUGUCGAUUUAGAAAGGGUCCUAUAGCCAUAAUGUGCGACAUCGAAAAAAUGUUUCACCAGUUCCACGUUGCAAGGGAACAUCAAGAUUAUCUCAGGUUCCUCUGGUGGGAUGGAGGUGAUUUGGAUUCUGAACCCUCAGUGUACAGGAUGAAGGUACACCUCUUUGGGGCAGCUUCAUCCCCCGGUUGCUCCAACUUUGGACUGAAAUACCUAGCUUCACAAGGCCAAGGCAAGUUCAGCAAAGAAGCCAUUAAGUUCAUCCAAAGAAGCUUCUAUGUAGAUGAUGGCCUGACAAGUGUAAGGUCGACUGCUGAAGCUAUACGCCUGGUAAAGGAAUCAAGAGCUCUGUGCAAAACAGGAAAUCUACGGCUACAUAAGUUUGUAUCCAACGAUGAGAGUGUGAUUGCAACAAUUCCACCACAAGAAUAUGUUCAGACCAAAGAUCUAAACAUGGCUCUAGGAGAACUUCAUAUCGAGCGAGCACUUGGAGUUCAGUGGUGUGUUGAGGCGGAUGAAUUUCAGUUCAGGGUGGUGGUAAAAGAAAACCCACUGACAAGGAGAGGCGUUCUCUCAACUGUUGCCUCAAUCUAUGAUCCACUAGGUUUCGUGGCUCCAUUCCUACUUAUCGGCAAACAGAUUCUUCAAACACUGUGUAGAGACAAGGUAAGCUGGGACGAACCUCUCCCCGAGCACAUCCAGCCACAAUGGGAGUCAUGGCUCAAAGAUCUGCCUCAUUUGGCAGUUCUAAAGAUUCCAAGAAGCUACCUUCCAUCAAACUUUGGUGAAGUCUCACUAUAUGAGCUUCACAACUUUUCUGAUGCAAGCUUCAAAGGGUAUGGUGCAUGCUCAUACCUUAGAGCGAUGAGUGAAACAGGACAGAUAAGUUGUUCACUUGUCUUGGGGAAAGCAAGAGUAGCCCCUACCAAACUAACAACCAUCCCAAGGCUUGAGUUAUCUUCAGCUGUGACCUCAGUCCGCAUUGGUGAUAUCAUUAGAGGCGAGCUGGAGAUUGAAAAUGUGCAAGAGUAUUACUGGACUGACUCAAAGGUGGUCCUUGGCUAUGUGAACAAUGAUGCUAAAAGGUUCCAAACAUUCGUGGCCAACCGCAUCCAGCGAAUAAGAUCUAGCACAAAACCUGAACAAUGGCGACAUGUCAACUCUGAAAACAACCCAGCUGAUGGAGCCUCAAGAGGAUUGACUGCAGUUCAAAUGAAAGAAUCUAGCUGGCUGAAAGGACCCAACUUCCUUUGGCAGCAAAAUCUCCCACAUGAAGUGGGAAUGGUGGGAGAAGUUGAGGCUACUGAUCCUGAACUUCGGAGAGCACAUGUUCAUGCAGUUAAAGCAAGAGAACAGAAUCCAAUGGUAAACCGUUUAACUAAAUUUUCUGACUGGUCCAGAGUGGUGAGAGCCAUUGCCAGGCUCAAGAGAUUUGUCAGAGAGUUUAAGGGAUUUCAGUCGAGAACUAAUGAGUCGACUAAUCUUGAAGAACGAAGAGAAGCAGAGAUCUUCAUCAUCAAACUCGUACAAGAAGACGCUUUCGCUGAAGACAUAAAGAAAAUAAGAGGCAAGAAGGAACACACUUUGAGCAGGCACAACAGGCUACGCCAGCUGAACGCUUUCCUGGACGAAACCAAUGUUCUUAGGGUGGGAGGACGGCUGUCUCAGUCAGCCUUACACCAUGAUGUAAAGCAUCCUGCGAUUCUUCCGAAAAAAUCUCAUGUGUCAGCUCUGCUGGUCAAACAUCAUCAUGAGCUUAUACACCAUCAAGGAAGGGGCAUGACCAUGAACGAGUUGCGCGCAAGCGGAAUAUGGGUCCUAGGAUGUGGAAGUGUGGUCUCCUCACACAUUUACAAGUGUGUAAAAUGUAGACGAUACAGAAGAACAACUGAGGUUCAACAAAUGGCAAAUCUACCAGGAGAGAGAAUUGAGACAUCUCCCCCCUUUACUUAUUCUAGUCAUAUGGGAGGAGUUUGGGAACGCCAGAUUCGAACAAUCCGAAGCAUCCUGAUAGCUAUGCUCGACAAGUCCGCCAGCAGACUUGACACCACAACUCUAAGAACGUUUCUGUAUGAAACAAUGACCAUAAUCAACAGCAGGCCACUAAGUGUCGAGCAUCUUCACGAUCCUACUGGUCCGGAACCCCUCACUCCAACCACAUUCUAA